GCUAUGGAGCCAGCCUGGCCCCGGGGUCUGCGUUCCUGUCCUCUGGGAGUUGUACCCUGAUCGGAGCCUAUAGUCGGUCACUCAGCGACCUUGUUCCAGCCCCUGCGUGACGUUCUCCUUCCAACCCUCCGUUGUUUUUCUGCAUCUUUUGCAUCACGGAAGACCCUCAGGGCCAAAAGGGAGCUUCUCUUCAGUUGAGGAAAAAAGGGACAACGGUGGUUUGCCCAGGUUCGCGCUGAAAGUUAGCGAGGUCAGAGGCUACUGCUUCUGUCUUGGAGCCCAAAGUCCAGAUCAUUUUUAUUUUUCAUCCAGAGUGUGACACUUAGUCCUUGUCAGUCCCCCAUGGCCCCGUGGAGCCGAGAGGCGGUGCUUCGUCUGUACCGGGCUCUGCUGCGCCAAGGCCGAGAGCUUCGCUACACUGAUCGAGACUUCUACUUUGCUUCCAUCCGCCGAGAAUUCAGGAAAAACCAGAAGCUUGAGGAUCUGGAGGCUCGAGAAAAGCAGCUGGAAAAGGGCCUGGUCUUUCUCCAAAGCAAACUAGGAGGCCUUAUUUAGGCUCCUCUUUUUUCCCCUCCUACCCUAAUUCCAAGAAGAGAACAAAGGUGCCUUCAGUAGACACUCCUGGCUCCCCCACCCCACCUCACAGAUGCAGUAGGAAACCUCAGGUGAACAAUGGCAGGUGCUGGUGAGCGCAAAGGCAAGAAGGAUGACAAUGGCAUUGGCACAGCCAUUGAUUUUGUGCUCUCCAAUGCCCGGCUGGUGCUGGGUGUGGGUGGAGCAGCCAUGUUGGGCAUCGCCACACUGGCAGUUAAGCGGAUGUAUGACCGGGCCAUCAGUGCCCCUACCAGCCCCACCCGCCUAAGCCAUUCAGGGAAGAGGAGCUGGGAAGAGCCAAACUGGAUGGGCUCCCCUCGACUAUUGAACAAGGACAUGAAGACAGGCCUGAGCCGGUCUCUUCAGACCCUUCCCACAGAGGCUUCUGCCUUUGACACAGGAGAAACUUCUUUCUUACUACCGGAACCGGGCAGCCAUCCCUGCUGGAGAGCAGGCUCGGGCCAAGCAAGCUGCAGUGGACAUAUGUGCUGAGCUCCGGAGCUUCCUGCGGGCCAAGCUGCCUGAUAUGCCGCUUCGGGACAUGUACUUAAGUGGCAGCCUCUAUGAUGAGCUGCAGGUGGUGACAGCUGACCAUAUCCAACUCAUUGUUCCCCUUGUGCUGGAGCAGAACCUGUGGUCAUGCAUACCUGGGGAGGACACCAUCAUGAAUGUCCCUGGUUUCUUCCUGGUUCGUCGUGAGAACCCAGAGUACUUUCCUCGUGGUAGCAGUUAUUGGGACCGCUGUGUUGUAGGUGGCUAUCUUUCCCCAAAGACAGUGGCAGACACCUUUGAGAAGGUGGUGGCAGGCUCCAUCAACUGGCCAGCCAUAGGGUCCCUCUUAGACUAUGUGAUCCGGCCAGCACCACCCCCAGAGGCCCUGACACUAGAAGUGCAGUAUGAGAGGGACAAACAUCUUGUCAUUGACUUCUUGCCAUCAGUGACCCUUGGUGACACGGUCUUGGUGGCCAGACCACAUCGGUUAGCUCAGUAUGACAACCUUUGGCGGCUGAGCCUUCGUCCUGCUGAGACGGCACGCUUACGGGCUUUGGACCAGGCGGACUCCGGCUGCCGGUCUCUGUGCCUCAAGAUCCUCAAGGCCAUAUGCAAGUCCACCCCAGCUCUGGGCCACCUCACUGCCAGUCAGCUGACCAAUGUCAUCCUCCACUUGGCCCAGGAGGAGGCUGACUGGUCUCCAGACAUGUUGGCCGACCGCUUCCUACAGGCCCUGAGGGGACUCAUCAGCUACUUGGAGGCUGGAGUCUUGCCCAGUGCCCUGAACCCCAAGGUGAACCUAUUUGCAGAGCUCACCCCUCAAGAAAUAGAUGAAUUGGGAUAUACCCUCUACUGCUCGUUGUCUGAGCCGGAGGUGCUGCUGCAGACGUAGGGCAGGUGAAGGCCCAGACUCUCCGUUAGAAACACUUGGCUACAUGGUUGGUGCCUCACAGGGUCCCUAGGUGCCUCCUGUUUUGCUGGUAACUGUCCUGGUCACUUCAUGCUGAUUAGAAUGACAUCCCUUCGGUUUUCCCACCCAUCCCUAUUUUUGUAACCAAACACUGUGCUCCCUCCUUGCCACCUUACUCUAGGCUGAUUUUUUUUGUUUGUUUGUUUUUUUUUGGAACAAACAGGUGUGGAGUGCUGGCCUCAGUCUUUGGGUGUUUUGUUUUUGGCCCAGAUUUCUUGCUUUUCUGUCUGCUGUAUCCUGUUCUGCCCCCUGGCCUCUUGUUCGCUGUCUUCUUUUCUCUUUCUCUUUCUUGGUCACACCUAUCCCCAGAGUACAUUUGCCUGAUGAAGAUGUUGCUUUUAGUUGAUGUCAUAGAAGAACGAUUGCAUGUUUCCAAGCUGAGCUCUGCAGAGUAAUGAGACAGUUGUUUAGGUUCCGGGGUGAGGCUGCCAAAGAACCUCUGCCUUGGCAAGUCAGCCUUUGUCCCUGGUUCCUGGGAAACAAGCUCAUCUUUCUACCCUAUGCAACUCCUGUUUAUCUGAGCUAAGAAGUUUGAAUCUGGGGAUGGUGCAUUGACCCACACUGGAGGCGCCCAAUGCAGCUAUUUUAUUGGAGGUUUAUUGAGGUGCUUCUUUAUGGCUAUCAGUGAGAACACAGGGGUACGGUUCUGAAGCUGAUUUGGAGAGCCUGUGUGUUCCCACUGUUUGUUUCUAUAUGUGGUCAUCAAAGUCAGACAGGGAAGGCUUGGGGACUUCACAGGCAGCAUCUCUUAAGAUGCUGGUUUCCCCUUAAUUGCUGGUAGAAGGUGGCCUUGGUUUAGCUAUAGAGGCCAAGGGAAGGCAAAAGGAGGCUGUGUCAGCUGAAACCCAUGACCACAUUUGCUCUCUUGACAGCCUGUACCUUUCUUAGGUGUUGCCUUAGAGCAAGAACAUACCCAGGGCCAGUACCUCCUACCCGACCCUAUCCUCACUGACAUGAGAGUAUUUGCUGAGCACUGAAGGUACCUCUACAGGACAGACGUAUAUGACCGUGCCAGCCCCGGUCCCCACUUGAUUCCUGGGGAGAUUGGUGCUACCUAGGAAGAAAGAGUGUGUAGAUAAGAUCCAGAGAAGAGAGGUGGGGCUUCCCACGUUGCUGCUAAGAUUGCUAUUAAUGGCCAUGUAGUCAUAUCCUAUGGGUGGAGGAAGGGGCAUUUAUGUCAUGUCAUGUCAAUGUGUCCUUUUUCUUCCGUUCUUGACAAGAGGCUGACAGCAACUCUGGUUCUGAUUUGCCCAUCUAGUAUUGUGUUCUCCCACCAGGUCUUUCUUUAUCUAUUCUUACUACCUCUCCAUCAGUGUGAUUCUGGUGUCGCACUCUGUGGCUGUGUUGGCCCUUCCUAAUGAGGGUGACACAAAAUGACUAUAAAUAGCACUGACCCUGCAGCAGCCCAUUUGAAAUUAGGGUAGAGACACACCCCCAUCUCCCCAUAGGUUAGGAGGCUGAGCCAGGCUAUAUAUUUAGCCUUUCUUCCUCUUUUCCCACAUAUGUGUAAAGGCUUCUUCAGGGGUUUCUUUUUGAUUUGUGUAAGACAGUAUGAGAAACUUGAUAAAGCCAAGAACCUUAACUGAAACAUGCCCUCCUGGUAGUUAGCCGUAGAUGUCAGCUGUGUUGGUUUUACUAAGUUGGAUUGAGUAGGCAUGAAAGGGCUGACGUGGAAGGUCCAAGGUUCUGGUUGCUGCCUGUUGGAGGGAGAGUUGAUAGAGUACUGCAAACUCAGAUUUUAGAUCAGAUUCAGGUUUCCGGCUGUAAGUAUUAUAAGACUCCUAAGCCGUCAUCUCUGAACUGAUUCUGUUUAGGAUGCCAGAAAGAGUGCAAAUGAAUCCCCCAAACUCGAAGAUGUUCAAGAUUCCAAAAGUCCUAAAUCACAGCCAUGUUAUUGAAUUUAGGAAAAGCAAUGAAUUUAUCGUUUGUCAUUGUGAAUUUAGGAAAAGCAAUGAAUUUAUUGUUUGUCAUUGUGAAUUUAGGAAAAGCAAUGGAUUUAUUACCUGUCUUUAUGAACAGUUUUGACUUUGGACUAUGCUUUGCAAAACCAAAAUCAUGACUUGGCCAUUUUAUAAGCAAGAACCUCUUAGAAGUCCUCAGAACAAGGACAAGUGGGACCAGCUCUAUCCUGGUGGGUUUGUGGAUUAGCUGGGUGUGCCCUUUCGCUGUCAUUCUUUGUCAUAAAGUAUGGGAGGCCACAUGCUCUGGGAUGCUUGGGUGGAAGAAAAGAUACUCUGCCAUGCUUCCCUCAACUUUGUUGAAAGACCCAGUUGGCUGUGCCACCACUCUGCCUUUCUCUUCAGUUACUCCCACUUUUGCCUGGAGGAAAUGCCACUGUUAGGCCCCUACUUCUUCUGUCUGGGAGGUAUUUUGACAUUGUCAAGAUUAGCAGACAAUAUACUUGAUGCCUAAAACUGUACUCAUUACCCUGGUAACCAAGUAAAUCAAGUUUAUUUUGGUUCUUCUCUGUUGCCCUUUCUCAAAAAAUGGAAUUCAGGAUAGCAGUAUUUUUUUUUUUUUUUUUUUUCGUAUUAACAGUUGAGACAAAAAAAGAAAAGAGGAAAACUUUUGGAGUGGCCCAUCAUCUCCUGGAGUUGGCCCUGGCUGACUUCACUGUAGUCCACCGAAGGGCUCGGAUGGUUAAGAUGAAUCAGCUUCAGGAUGGGGGAUCCUGAGAGCAGCAUGCACCAUGUGCUUAGAGCCCUCUACCAAGGCACACUUCCUUGGGAUUAUAACUUGAUAAAACCGAGAGCAUCUGCUACAACUCUAGCUUUCUUAGUAUAAAGCUCAAGGCCAAGGUAAAUGAGGCACUUGGGAACAGAGUUGACCCUUGUACCAGGCUAGGAGGUUGUAAGCCUCUCAGGCUGUGUGUCCAAAAUACCAGCAUGUAUGUUCUAUAUUUAACUGCAGGUGGGAGUGAGGUGGGUGUUAACUUUUAUUUUGAUCACCUUGUAGUCUUUAAACCCUUGGUCUCUGAGGCCAGGUCCACAGCUUGCCUUCCAGUCACUUGCCUGCCGUUCUGUGGUGGUCAUUGUGUUAAGCUGGUAGAAUGGAAUCAGUCAUUAAUCUUUGUGUCGUGUCUUGGCUGGGUCCGUAUAGGAACAGCUUAGCUCUUAAGGCCCAGAGAACCUUUAUUCCUCUUUCUCCUUGAAGGAGAGAAAUUGAACUGGUGAAAACAGCGUCUUCUGCAGCAUGGGAAGAAGAAAAUAAAAAUCUCCUUUCCAACAAC